CUUACGUCACGUCAUUCUGGGCUCGGCUGCGAGCUAACGCGCACGGCAGUGCAUCAAAGGCGUAGUUUGUGGUUCUUUCCCUUCGUCUUUUCACGGGACGGCGGGUGUUACGGAGAGGUGAAAGACCUUGCCCAAAGCGGCUUCACAGGGCUGUGUGUGGAUUAAAGUCGCUUUCGUCGAAACUCCCCAGUGGUGCGGAUUCAUGCUGAAGCUAAAUGCGGUACGAAGCUAAAAUGAUGCCGAUGUUCCUGACAGUUUACCUCAGUAACAAUGAUCAACAUUUUACUGAGGUCCCCAUCACUCCGGAAACGCUGUGUCGGGACGUGGUGGACUUGUGCAAGGAGGCGGGGGAAAGCGACUGUCACCUGUCAGAAGUGUGGCGCGGAUCCGAGCGAGCUGUCGGGGACGGAGAGCGGAUGAUGGACGUGCUCCAACGACGGGGACAACACAGGGCGGAGGUGCGCUUCUUUCUGCGUCACAACCGAGCGCCAAGUUGGGAAUCCGGGGGCUCCAGAGGUUCUGAGCCAAAGAGAAAUGGAGUGAAGGGCCAUUCGGACCGAAGGAUGGAAAAUGGGCUGUCAACUCCCAGGAUGGACAUGACUUUAGCCGAGCUCCAGGAGAUGGCAGCCAGGCAGCAGCAGCAGAUCGAAGCCCAACAGCAACUCCUCGCUUCCAAGGAGCAGCGCCUGCGCUACUUGAAGCAGCAGGAGCAGCGUCAUCAGCAUCACAUCUCCGAGCAGGAGAAGCUCCAGCGCCUGCGCGACAACAUCGAGAACCAGGAGGGUCGCCUCAAAAAGGUCCGAGCCCUCAAGGGCCAAGUGGAGCAGAAGCGCCUCAGCAACGGCAAACUAGUGGAGGAGAUCGAGCAGAUGAACAACCUCUUCCAGCAGAAGCAGAGAGAGCUGGUGAUGGCCGCGUCCAAGGUGGAAGACCUUAGCCGACAGCUGGACUUGCUCAAAAGUGGCAAAGUGGACAAAUUCCACGACCACCAGAGCUCCGUGGCUGAACUGGAGCGACUCUACAAGGAGCUACAGCUGAGGAACAAGCUCAACCAGGACCAAAACUCCAAGCUGCAGCAGCAGCGCGAGAACCUGAACAAGCGCAACAUGGAGGCAACCGCCAUGGACAAGAGGAUCAGCGAGCUCCGUGAUCGGCUCUGGAAGAAGAAGGUGGCGCUGCAGCAGAAAGAGAACGUACCUAAUGGCUAUCCCAGUAAAGAGAGGGCUUCAAAAGAGACACAUCCUCAGGUGCCUUCCGAUGGCCCGGCCAGUCAACCGCAGCCAGGUGGUCCUUCUCGCGUGGCAGCCGUCGGCCCGUACAUCCAGUCGUCCACGUUGCCCCGCGGCGGUUCGGCCAGACACGAGCUGCUCGUAAAACCGGCCCACCCGGACGCCACCGCCGCCUUGUACGAUCCGCAGGGGAUGCCCGGAUCAGGGAUCCAAUCUUCAAAACCGGAGUCCAAUGGUCAUGCUCCAGCUUCUUCAACACUCCCACGAAUGACGUCUCACUCUCGCAAAGACCAAGAUGACCCUGAGCCCAAAAGGGAUCGAAAGGUGCGUCCGUUUUCCAUGUUUGAGGCAACCGACGUUCCCGCCACCUCGCUCCGCAAGAACCAGAGCAGCGAUGACUUAGUUAGGGAUGCCCAGUCUGCUCCCAAGGCUCCAGUCAAGGUCCCACCACCCGUGCCUAGCAAACCAAAAGGCCCAAAUGUCAUCCCGUACGGCAAACAGGGCUUCAACACGGGCACCUUUCCUAAAACCAAACCACACCACAGCCAAGCUCAGCCUGGCCACGGCCACGUCCCUCUCCCGCCCUCCCAGAGCCAGACGCUCCCCCUGCCUCCGAAGCAGGACCCUCCGCCCGCAGCCACCGUGCGUCCUUUCACCCCGGAGCUGCCCUCCUCCAAGCCGCAGACCCUCGCCGCCAGCUCCAUCUAUUCCAUGUACACCCAGCAGGCUGGCAUCCAGGGGGCCCUCAGCAGGUUUCAGGGCCGCACCAACGGCUUUGUCAGUGUGUACGGAAAGCCGGUGAUUCCCGGUGGAGGCUCCCAGCACCCAGAGAACCCCUACUUGGAACGUCGCUCCCCGGCACAUGAAUCCGAGGUGGACCACAGCGGCGCAAACUACGCGGCUCCCAGUCCGUCCGAGGGAGGCCACGCGGAGACGGAACGCAUCCCGCGACCCCUCAGCCCCACCAAGCUGCUCCCGUUCAUUUCCAACCCUUACCGGCACCAGAGCGACGGCGACCUGGAGGCGCUCAGGAAGAAGCUCUCAAACGCCCCCAGGCCCCUGAAGAAACGCAGCUCCAUCACGGAGCCGGAGGGACCCGCCGGGCCCAACAUUCAGAAGCUCCUCUACCAGAAAACCACCCUGGCAGCCAUGGAGACCACAAUCAUCACACCGGCCACUCCCACUUUUGCUGGAGAAACUGAAAAGGGGGCGGAGCUACCCGCCGGACCGCACCACCCGGGCCCCUUGAGCGAUGUCGAGCACCACCCGGCGGAUCUGGCACGACCUGUGGAGGGACCCCACUACCCAGGUGGGAACGUUCACCUUCAGGCUCCCGCCGAGCAAACCCGGCCACCCUCCGGCCUCCUCGACGCAGAACACAUCGUCCCCCCUCCUCCUCCGUCACACCCGGCCCCUCGCCCCGAAGACACGCUCUUCCCACCGCCCCCGGCCCAUGCCAGUAUGGAAGACCCGCUUCCAAACCUCCCUCCGCCGCCUCCGGAAGGUUUCCUGGAAGAGUUCCCGCCUUACCCGCCGCCGCCGUACCCGAGCGGAGCAGAGCAGGACAGCCUGGGAGAGGACACCUUUAACAUGAAGGCUCCUGAAGUCACCGGCCAGGUUGCUCUGCCCCCGGGCAAAAGGACCAACCUGCGCAAGCUCGGCUCGGAACGGAUCGACCACGACAUGCGAGUCAAGUUCAACCCGCUGGCCCUGCUGCUCGACUCGUCUCUGGAGGGAGAGUUCGAUUUGGUCCAGAGAAUUAUCUACGAGGUGGAGGACCCGAGCCAGCCCAACGACGAAGGCAUCACCGCGCUACACAACGCCGUGUGCGCCGGACACACGGAGAUUGUCAAGUUUCUAGUCCAGUACGGCGUCAACGUCAACGCCGCAGACAGCGACGGCUGGACGCCUCUUCACUGCGCCGCUUCCUGCAACAACGUUCAAGUGUGCAAGUUCCUGGUGGAGUCGGCCGCCGCGGUCUUCAACACCACGUACAGCGACAUGCAGACGGCAGCCGACAAGUGCGAGGAGAUGGAGGAAGGUUACACCCAGUGCUCCCAGUUCCUCUACGGCGUUCAAGAGAAGAUGGGCAUCAUGAACAGGGGCGUGGUCUACGCCCUGUGGGACUUCACGGGGGAGAAUCCAGACGAGCUGUCCUUCCGCGAGGGGGACUGCAUGACGGUCCUCCGCAGGGAAGACGAGGACGAGAUUGAGUGGUGGUGGGCGCGCCUGGGAGACAAAGAAGGCUACAUUCCCCGCAACCUACUCGGGCUGUACCCACGAAUAAAACCACGACAGAGAAGCCUCGCUUAAGGAUUCCUGCACAUUUCAACACACUCACACACACACACACGAUGUCUUAAACAAUCCGGGAAGAGAAGGAAACUGCUGCAAUGAAGAAACACUAAACCGGAGGUGGGGAGCCCGCAGCACCGUAUGGGCCACAUGCAGAAAAUUAAAAAAAAAAAAUCAGAGGGCCCAUUAGAAAAAAUGUUUUGACAUUUGUUCAUAAGUUUAGUAAGGACCUCUGAGGACUUUUUUGGACCAAGGUUCCCCACCUCUGCACUAAAAUGAAGGAUCAACGAAUGAACACUUUGUGGCCCAACUGUGGCACUUUUUUUUUUCUUCUUCACACUAAUGGCAUUUCUGUCCACGGUUCCACGAUUUGUUUUUAUUAGUGUUACCAUUAUCCGAAUCCCUAAAGUGGCCGAAACUGUGGAUUUAAACGGAACACGGCAGUAUUUGACUUUUUUUUUUUUACCCGACUGUUAGGUUCCUGCUUCAUUAGUUGAACAGCGUCAAAUGCUCAAGUUACCGUGACAAUCUUUUAGCCGAGGCUUGUUUCAAAUGGACUCUGCCUCUUUUUGUAUAUCUGCACUGGAGCUGUGUACAUUCGAAAUAGCUAAAUAGCAUAGCUAAAAACAAAUGGAUGAAUUUUUCUUCGUCAUGUGGCCGACGACACCGGAGAGCCUUUGAGAUGAUUAGAAAUCAAGAAUAUCGUAGCAGUUUGAGCAUUGAUCUGUUAUCCUUGAUGUGCUGCUUACAAGUAUUACGAGUAAUCGGAGAAGACAAAAAAAAAUUAACAGUCACUCUGCUAGUGUGCUGAAUUGUCUAAAGAACAUCAAGGAUAUUUAAAUAAAUGCUCAAAGAGCUUUCCAUAGCUAGUUUGUUUUGGUUGAAAUGCCACUAUUUGCUCCUUAGUCACAAACUAGUGAUUUGACGCCGUAGGAGUAAAAAAUGGCUCCCAAUUCUCGGCCAUUCGCCGGCUAAUGCAAAAAUGUACAGUUACAGGUCCAGCAGACGACAACAAAAGCAAGAUAACUAUAUGAUGACUACCCAUGUUUUCCUAAUUCAGACAUUCUCGGUCAAAUCUAUCAGACUGGACUACUUACUAAUAGUUAGCCAUGCAUAUCUCACAGUGCAGAUAUAUUUAUUUUUGUUACUAUGUUUCCGUAUGCUGUCUACGAAGUAUACCCUCAAAUGUACUGUAGUAUUUUCAACAUUUAUAAUAAAAAUGCUUUGUACCACGCAAA